AUGCGUGAGAUCUUACCAUAUCAAGGCACUUUUAGCUUCAUAUCGAGCCGAUUAGAAAGCAACAUCAAGAGCUUCCUACCCCACUACGACAAGAAGGAUCCAAGGACAUGGCCUUAUGUGACUUUGGCAACCAUCGAGGAGGUUCGCCCUUACUACGGCUACCCAGAUCUUCCAGCCAGCAUUGCUUACCAGCGCGCAUCUCUAAAAGGCUCGUUUCAUGAAAGAUAUCCUUGCAACUACGACCAAUACGAUCAACUGAAGGACUCGGUCGGCAUGUCCAAAGCGGAGUAUCAGAGAUACAUGGCAAACGUCGCCGAAGACAUCACAUACAUCACAGAAGACACAUACGAUGAUGAUUUACGCCUUCCAAUGCACCAAUCGGCUACUCCAGGAGGAAACAGGACUCUGAAUAGCGAGUGCUGCGCAAACACCAGAUGCAUCGAAACCAGACGCGAAGCCACCAAGCUCCGCAAGGAACUCUCGCACAAGGAACACCAACUCAUACAAUCCCAGCAGAGUCUCGAAGAACUCGAAGCAAUCCAAGAACGUAGACACAAUGCGCCGAGCGACACACAGGUCGAACUCGAGAAGCAGCGCCAACGCGCAGAUGCCGCGGAGCGCGAAUGCGAGAUCCGGAAGGCAAACAAUGUCAAGCUGUUAUGGCGUGUACGAGAGCUAGAAAGACAAGUGGUUCAGAAAGAUGAGCUGGAAGCGUAUUGCAGUCAGUUGAAGGAGGAGAUUGACGUGCUCAAGGGGAAGCGAAGGCGAGACGUUGUGGAGUCUGAUCCUGACGAGGAUUUGAUGGAGGGAUACAUAUCUAGUGCCAAAAAGACAAGGUCGUCUAGUGUAGAUUGGUCGUAG